AUGACAUCCAGCCGUUUUCGGGAGAAGUUUCUUGCUGCCUUGGAGCAUGUCGCCAAGUCUGUCAGGCGGAUCGUGGUGGGAGAGUUGCCUCCGCAAGUUCAGGAAUGGUAUGAGGCGAACCGACGUGCAUUAAAUCUUUGCAACGACGACCUGUCCGAGGAUGAGCAGGAAGCGAUUCUGAAGUUUUUCAAUGGCAAGUUCGGUGGCGGGUGGGCGCACUAUUGCACGCCGGGCUGUUGCAAUGGCAAAGAUGACUUUUAUGCGACGAGAUCCGUGGCCCACAUGAAACUUCUGAUCGGCUGCUUUCCUCCGGUCCCGCUUCUGUAUCGCUGGAAACACUUCGAGACAGCCACUUCGUACUGCUUGCGUGGGCUGAUUGUCAAUGGCGUUCUUACAGACAUAUUGCUCAAGCUGUUCAACAAAACCAGCGCGCAGAUGCAAGAGAUUGCAGUUGAAAUAGACGAGGAUGAUCCCGAUGCAUCCUUUGCCAACCGGCAACAAGUGCGGGUUUGCAAGACAGUGUUGCUCUUGCAAGAUCCUGGCUUGGAUGAGAAAUUGCAUCAAGGGCUUCUCAUCAGCUUGCCCAUCCGGGAAUACAUGGACGAGCUGUCUUUGGCAGACACAUGGCGCCAACGAUGGGAAGCGAAACAGCUAGGCAUCAGUUUGGACGGAAGCAAGUGCAAAGACGUGUCGGCAGAUGCACUGGUCAGUGCCACCGUUGAUGCUUGGACCGGGGACGCUGGUCGAAGGGUGGUGGACAAAUUCACGAAAUUGUUGCUUGCUCCAGCUGAUGCUGCUCUAUGGAAGCCAUGGGAUUCUGCGCGCACACAUGGGACUUUCGAUUCCACCGCUGAGCUUGUUCUCAUCACCAUGGCUGAUGCAUGGAGACGCCUGGUUUUCGCACGUGACCGACAGCCUUAUCUGGUGUUCAACAUUGCACAGGUUUCAGCAGCUCGUGCCAAAGCGUAUCUAGACGACUUGUGUGCCCGCCAGAGCACAUGUGCCAAGUGUGCUCAUCCACCUUUCACUGGCGUGAUCUUGGAUUUUUAUAAAGCUGCUGGCAAGAGCGAUGAAGCUGCCCAACAUGUGCAAAAGGCUUUGUAUGACACUGCGCUGACUUCAACUGUAAGUUCGCAAAGUGUCGAGAAGAUGCAUGCUCAUGUACAAGUCUCCCAAAACAGCUUGCAAAACCCUGGUCGCAACCCAACAACUGUACAACGUGAGGCCUACAUCCUUGCGGCUCGGAUAUAUCAUGCUCGACUCAAGGGCUGGUUGGAGGCACAAGUGUUCGGCAAGAGCGCUGGUGGGGUUGCGAGGGCACGGAAGCUCAUGGGGAACAGAAUUGUCUCGAACAGCAAAGCCGCGAAGACUUCUUUGAGAAGUUUUGCGGAUUCAGGUUCGACCCAGCGCCGCAGGGGAAAGUUUGUCAAGCAACACGUGUUGAAAAUCCAGCAGAAGAAGCGCAUGCAGAAGAGGCCAAACCUGUGGCAUGCUUUCCUCGCGCUGCAGCGCGGAAAGAAGCUGGCAGAUGACACGGAGCGCAUGUCGGAAUUGUAUCAUUUGUCAUUGGAGUCGCCCCAGGCACGACAGGAGUUGGAGCAAAAGGCUUUGAAGAUGGCACAGGAACGAGUGGCUGUGGCAGCUAAUGUACUUGGUGAGCCUGUGAGCACGGAAUCUCUUUCGAUUGGCCAAGUACGUCGGUUGGGACAAAGCCAACUUGACAAAUCCUUGUCAGCCUUGGCGGCCCAUCCCGUCUGGAAGUGCGGUCUCGGUGUGUACGAUUGCAAUACGGCCUUGGCACCUCAACAUGUCCUAUCUGAGACUGCCAUCACGCAACAGGCAUCGCGUGAGGAGGCGGAGAAGAUUUUCGGUUUCGACAGUGACAUUGUUGCGAACCCUCCUUCUUUCCCGGCCAUUGCACGCACAUGUCAUGAAACACAAGGCGGUGUUUGCUCAUGCUUGCAAUUCUGCGAUGAGGCAGGAUAG